CCAGCAUGCUGAUAGACUUCCCUCGUACAACACGCUGCUCUCUAAUCUGCAUGCAGACAUCUUCAUUUUGGAUAUUUGGAUUUCUUUUACAAAAACGCGGCAUACAAUCUCUCAUCCGACACAGUUGUGUGUGUGUGUGUGUGUGUAUAUCACACGACAUGCAGGAGAGAGAGAAAAAAGGAUCAAAUGAGAGAGAGGAAAAGGAAACAGCUUGCCUGUGCAUUAUUCUCUGUGGGAUAUUGCCUCAUUAGGACCAUGACACCUCGGUUACAACGGCUCAAAAGUGCCAAGGGUCACGUUCACAGUCGCCAUGCAAGCACUCAUUCCUGCGUUCAGCUGAGAGACAAAUGGAGAGACGCAACAAUUUCACUCUUUGAUCAUGCCAGAACCGGUCUAUGCUGAAUUGUUAGACAAAGGCUGGAAGAGCCCCCUCCUCUUCCACGCUGCCAAUUUGUCCGUGCCUCUGAAUUUCCACUCAUUCUGCCUCUCCAGUCUGUGUUUACCUCCAUCUGCUGAAUUCUCCACCCCUUUCUCUCACUCUCUCAUGUUUCCUCGCUCCCUCCUACUGCUUCCUAUCUCUCCUCCCCUCGUGCCUUCAAAGCCAGCCGUCUGCUCGUCACUCCAGGGCAGCUUGCUACAUGAUCUUUUGGAAAACAGCUUCCCCGUCAUUCUCGUGCUGCUCCAUGCGCAAGCUUCUUUAUAAUUUCUUGCCCAGGACUGCAGGAUGUUUCUGUGCUGGCACUGAUUCCUCGAUUUCUCUUCUUGUUUUCCCCUUCCCCUCCCCUGUCCUGAUCUCCUGCCCUCUGACCCUCACCCCGCUAUCCUAUCCUAUUCCUUCCUGUACCUAUUCCUUCUCUUCUUUUCUUUCUCUCUUGACCAUGUUGCCAUGUGUCCACCGACUCCAGCCUGUCCUUGCCUUGCUGUCCUUUACUUUAUUGACUCAAGGGGAAAACUGUCCAGUCACCUGCCUGUGCCCAGACCCUCAUACGGUGGACUGUAGCGGGCGAGCACUUACCCGUCUUCCAGACGAGAUCCCCUUGGAUGUGCGAAGGCUGCUGCUGGCUGACAACUGGAUCCCUCGUAUUCCCUCGGACUUCCUAGUGCUCUACAGUGACCUGAUCUACCUUGACCUCCGUAACAACACGCUCUCCCACAUUGAGCCGGGCACCCUGAGCACAUCCUCCAGGCUGGUUUUCCUGGACCUCGGCUGCAACAACUUGACCGAGAUCCCCAAAGGGACUUUCGGAGAGACGAGGAGCCUAAUUAAGUUGCGCUUGGGCAACAACCCUUACUUGAGCAUGGUCAACGAAGAUGCUUUCAUGGGUCUUACAUCCUUGCGUGAACUAGAACUGGACCACAACGCCCUGUCUGGGCUUCAGGUGGGCACCCUGAGCCAGCUGCCCUCCCUUCGGGUGGUAAGGUUAGAGGGCAACCCAUGGGUGUGCAAUUGCAACUUUGCCAACCUGUUCACUUGGCUUGUGGAGAACAGUCACAAGCUUCCCAAUGGUAUUCAGGGUAUGGAGUGCUCUUUGCCCACCGAUGGACGUCGCGUGCCUCUCAGCCAGCUCUCCCAGGACAGUUUUCGGGAGUGCCAGAUCACACUCACCCUCACCGAUUUCCUCAUCAUCAUCUUCUCGGGCAUCUCCGUCUCUGUGGCUGCCAUCAUGGCCAGCUUCUUCCUGGCUUCCACUGUCCACUGUUUCCAGCGUUGGAGCAAGGGCACUAAAGGAGACGAGGAAGAGAGUGAGGAAUGAAUAGGGAGAUUGGAGCCAAUGACCUUCAGUCUGAUUUAAAGCUGCCAGUCCAUGACAGGAGGUAGCUAAGAGUUCAAUCAAACAGCAUGACUGACCAGACACCAGCUAGAACUCGACCUGAUUGAAGACAUGGACAUGGUUGAAGGCGAAAGAGACAGUCGUCCAAGAUCUGAAGCAAACGUUUCUCACUUGGAUAGACGCAUUAUAGCAACAGCGCUAUUAAUAUUACUGGUAUGGACAAAGUACCCCUGAAAUCUCUGGGUAUUUGGUAUGAAACCAAGCCUUAGUAUGGAUGUUAAAUGUUAAAGGGAAUUUUUAUACAGUCAUGUCCUCCGGUAGUUGUUGUGUUGUUGAAUAUUGUUGUCCAUAGAGUCUCUUCAUGUAGUCAAUAUAAAGCUAGCAAAAACUGUGCUACUUGUUGAUUGUGCCAAAUUAGCACAUGUAGACAGCAAUGGUUUGGUAAAGUACUGAGGAUUAUGAAAGGCAAUUUAGUUAGUUAUUAAGUCAAGUGUUGCAGAUAUACAUUUAUACAGCCAUGAAUAUGUGAUGGAAACCAUUUUUCUUGAAUUUUGCAAGGCUGCAAAACCAAAAAACGUGAGCUUAGAAAGAUCUCAGAAGGCAUUCGCUGAAAUUUAAAGAUCUAGAAUAGAGCUUGAUGUGAAGAAUCAUGUCAAAUACUGCACUUUAAAAUGCUUCUACCUGAGUUACGCUGGCCCUCAAACCACACGGUGGACUGGUUCCGCCCAGAUCUGCCAAAGAAUGAGGCACAGAGGGACUGUGAUUUGGAAUAUAGAUUUAUUUUUCUUUAAAGAAAGUAUGUGAUCUUAGCAAGAUUACAUUUAUUUAGUGUAAUUAUGGAACUCAAAUAUUUACCCUUAAUGUGACAUCUAAAGACAAUAUCUAUGAGAUAAAUAUAUUCUAUGAUUCUGCAAAUGUCAUUGUGUUACUCAUGUCUUAAUGGUAUAUUGGCGAAUGCAGUCAUACGUGGCCGUAAAGAUUAUUUAGACGCUUAAGCCACAAUUAAAACUGUCGUUGCGUUAAAUAGCAAAAUAUCAAUCCAAGUGGCAUUCAUUUUAAAGAAAGGUGGCACAGGCACAUACAGUAUUUCAAACAAAACUUUUCGCUAAACGGUUCUCAAACUUAAAGGAGUAUUCCGGCUUAAACACAAUCAACAGCAUUUGUGGCAUAGUGCUGAUAAACACACAACUCAUCUCUCGUUUAUUUAAAAAUCACGGUUCCAGUGAGGCCGUUACAAUGAAUGUGAAUGGGGCCAGAGCAAAAACAUACAAAUUCACAAUGUUUCAAAGUAAUAGCCAGACGAUGGAAACAUUAAAGGUGCAAUAUGUACUUUUUUGCCAAUGUGUGAACAGCUUGUAACGCAACUUAAAAAAUGAGCCCUUCCUGGACUUCCUAUGUAGCCUAUUAAAACUUGUAGACUGAUUUCAUGUUUGGGGAGCGGGUCGCUUUUGUUGGGAAAAUCCAAAGGAUGUGACAUUUAUGUGCCCUCCCGUGAGCCUUCCGCUCUACAACAGCGACAACAAACAUUCUGCAACACUAGGUAACGUUAACUUAUAGAUGGAAUCCAGCAAACGUCCGGCUCCCAGCACAACACCGACUGUUACUCAAAUUCCGAUAAAGCCAAGCUAGAGUGAACAUCGGCAGGGUAUUUGAUUCCUGGAGCGACCAUCGUUCGGUUUUUUGGAUCAAAACCAACCCUGAAUUGGCGUUCUUCUUAUUGGACAGGUAAGCUUACAUAAUUGCAAAGCAUGUAAAAUAUAGUGCCAUAAGGAUUGAUCUUUGUAAUUGUAGCUAACUUGAUCUUGCCUGCUAACACUGACGAAUUGCAAGCUACCUUGCUUCGUAACUUUCAAAUCAUUUCAAUGAUAAUGCCUAAAAGUGACUAAAAGUCAGGUUAAUGUCACUGUUAAUCUAUAAUUAUUCAGCAAGUUAAACUGCAAUAAUACAUUAAAUUAAUACUAGACAAUGUUCAAGAUAGCACCAUUCAUUAGUGUAACGUAACUUGUUUAUACAGAAAAUAUUUACAAUCUAUUAUUAUAAAACAAUAGUGCGUCAAUAUAUCAAAAUAACAGUUGUGAUGGAAUCACAUCAAUACUGAAUUGUGUCAACAUAUUUAUAAUGUACAGUCUAUUUUAUAAACAGCUACUGUCAUCAUCCACCAAAUUUAGCUAACAGCUAUUGAUAAAGCUGGCUAGCUAGCUAACGCCGACAUAGGCUAUUGUAUAAAUGCAGUCGAUGUAUCAUGCAAAGAAAAGUGAUUAAGUAAUCAAUCUACAGUCUCGUAUAGCCAGACCCAUAUCCACACAUUGUUUUAGCCCUGCUCCAGCACUGGAGAGUCAAAUGUAAUAUACAGUCUAAAAGUUUGUAGUAAAACAAUCAUAACUGUGUAAUUUUAAUUGUGCUGCCUCAUCUGUCAGCAUGAUGCCGGUGAAUCACGUUCAGUCUCUUUGUUUUGGUCAAUGCUCAUGUCCCUAUGGAGUAUGUGCGCGAGCACGACCAACAUGUAGCUGGCCGCAGUUCACUUAACGUCCACAGGUGUCACUAAUAACAAGGGUUUCUGAAUCUUACAUACUGCACCUUUAAACAUAUUAACAUGAUUUUGGUGAAAUUUCUGUUGUACUUCACUUCAGUGUGAUAAAAUUGCUUUUAGGGUUUACCAGUGUUGCGUUGUCAUGACAACGAAGAGAUAUUUGACAUAAUAUAACACUGAUAAGGUAAGUGAUUUUAUAACACUAAAAUCGUGUUAACAUGGAUAACAUUUACAUCUGAUGGCUUACCUUUGAAAUUAUGUAUAUUUUUUAUGUUUGUGUACUGGCCCCAUUCUUCUCCUGUACUGUAAAUGCCUUACUGUAAUCCCAAUUUCUUUCAAAAUAAUCGAGGGAAGAGUUUAAAAUAUUUUUUGUGAUUAUCAGUAUUAUGCCACAAAUGCUGUCGACUGAGCUCAAGUUCCUUAAGCAGGUUCUACUAUAAGAACUGGUUCUAAAAAUAAAGAAUAUACCUUUAAUGGAACAUUGAUGAUUUACACCUGUGGUUACUCUGCUAGGACACAUGUGUCAACUUGAGGGAAACUGAUUUCAUAUGUUCACUGAAAAGCACUUUAGGACCAGUUGGUUAAGUCAUCAGAAAAAUGGCUCAAAUAAGUUGGAAAAGUUUUGUUUUCUAAUGCAAAGUGUGGCUUAUUGGUCCAAAACUUUUUGGGGUCAUAAAAGUACAUUCUUGUGUCUUCAGAUUGGUGUCUAGUGUUAACAUACAGUAUAUAACUAAAUGGCAUACAUUUCCACUCAUAUUGUCAGUAUCAUCAGAUACAUAUUACAUUACAUGGAGAAAAUGGUUUUGGAUUGUCAGUAAAAGACAUUUGAUUGUUUGUAUUUUCCUUUAUAUUUAUACUAUAUGGCCAACAGUAUGUGGACACCCAAACACAAGGGCGUAGAUUUGUCUUCACUGAAAUUAAGGGACCUAGACAGACCUGUUAAUCAGAACGGGGUGUCCACAUACUUUUGGAAAAGUUGUGUAUAUUUAUCAGUUUUGUCUUCUUUAAUAUCUUUAUUUUCAGGUAUCUUUAUCAUGUCAUCAGAGUAAAAUGGAGAUAAUUUUCUAAGGGAUAGUUUAUUUAUGAAAAAUCUAUACAUAUUUUUCCCAAUUUUAAGAAUCAUUUAUAUCUUAAUAUUUGUAGAUAUAUUAGCAUCCCCUGGUCCCACCGUUGCUGUCCAUGAACAGAUGCUGUGGAUGUGCUAUUCUGAGAAUAUGAGCUAUUUUUUCCCCAGACUGGUAUCACAACUUCAUUUUUGCUGUGCAUGAAUUAUUGAUUGGAUCUGUGGAAUUAGGCAGACAGUGUGUUUGUCUUCGAAAAUAUUGGAGAUGAAAGAAAAAAAUCUUAUCGAUUUAUAUUUUUUAAUGAGAGCAUUUUUAAAUAAUUCUAUUCUGCUCACACACCUCAACUAUCUUAUUUUGUUGGAUGUAAGAAGCACGUCUGCAUAUUAAUGUAAAUGUUCCAGUGUCAGACAUGGUUGACCCAAAUGCACAAUCUAUUCUUUCAAAGCUAGACAGUACCAUCGCACACUUAAAAAUAUAUAUAUUUUAUGCCUAUUUAAAAAAAGAAAAAGAAAAAAAAUGUAUCCCCUUUUUCUCCCAAUUUGGAAUGCCCAAUUCCCACUACUUAGCGCAGUUACUCAUCUCAAUCCAGUUGGAGGAGGACAAGUCUUAGUUGCCUCCGCUUCAAUCCGUGCAUCUUAUCACGUGACUCGUUGUGCAUGACACCGCGGAGACUCCCAGCAUGUGGAGGCUCAUGUUAUUCUCCGCGAUCCACGCACAACUUACCACACGCCCCAAUGACAGCAAGAUCCACUAAUCGUGACCACGAGGAGGUUGCCCCAUGUGACUCUACCCUCACUAGCAACCAGGCCAAUUUGGUUGCUUAGGAGACCUGGGUGGAGACACUCAGUACACCCUGGAUUCGAACUCGCGACUCCAGGGGUGGUAGUCAGCGUCAAUACUCGCUGAGCUACCCUAUUUUAGCCUAUUUUUAAGAUUAACGCAAUUCAAUUACAUUUAAUUGUGUAAUGUUUAACUAUAUUAAGUGAAUUUAAAAUAUUUAUUUUUUUAGGAUUUAUUAAAGAUUAAUCAGUUAAAUAUGAAUUUUGUUAUGAAUUUGAAAUGCGUAAAUCUUUGAUUUAUUUGUUAUUAUUUUAUAUAUUUAAGUAUUUUAAAUAUAAUCAGCAAAUUUCCAACCUGCAGCUAUUUUUAAUUCAGUACAUUUGAGUUGUUUAGCUCUUUUCACAAUAUUGUUCUAUAAAGCAGAUUUAUUUGACAUAUUGUAUGAUUUGAGAUACAGUGGCCCCCAAAAUAUAGUUGGACAUUUUUAAGUAUACUUAAAAAUGCAUGAAUAUCAUUGCAUUGGACGAGAAAAUCUCAUUAAGACAAGCUUGGACUGUCACUUUAUCCAUUAAAAAUUACAUUAAGAACAGCUAGAUAAAAGUCCUUACAUAAAUUGGUUCAGAAAAGUGAAGUUAGUGCUGAGAAAAGACAAUGCUGUUUGUUUUGAUUGUUUAUCUACUCUAUGCAAUACAAUGCAUACAAAGUGUCCAAAUAUUUAUUUGCGCCGCUGUAUGUGUUCAAAUGUAUUGCUGUGUUCAACCUCCCAAAGAAAUCCAAUAUAUGGGUAUACAGUAAAUAUGUAUUUAUAAACACAUACAGGUACAUGGAUCAGUUGUGAGAUUGUGCAGAACAAUCCUUAUUUGCCAUGACAAAAUUUAGAGAGAAGCAGAGAAACAUUUAGCAUCAAAUAUGCAUAAUCUUCACACUUUCCUUGUGUCUACCAUAGAAGACUUGCUAUUCAGUGAUUUUAAGGGAGUAAAUCUGCAUAAUGCCUUUACUGUCUUGUAAGCAUCUUUGGGUUGGCAAAAUUGCACUGCCUGGUCCUUGGUUGAUCUUGGUUCUCCAAAUCAAAUAAUUGUUUCUGAAUUCAGUAUGUGUAUUGUUUGAAAAGAGCCCAGAGCUCCCAGCAUCAGUCAUAUCCUGGACCUGUGUCAUAACUGUCACACUGAGCAAUGUAGUAAAGACAUGUGUGUUGCACUAGGAUAAAAUGGAGUAGUAUGUUCAUUCUCAGUCUUAAUUGAACACUAUGUAUACCUAUUGAAAACCAACUACUAUGUAGUUACAGUAAACACAAAUAGAACAUAAUGAAAACGUUUUUUUUUUUCCUUUCCUGGAUGACCCAAAAACAACAGGAUUCAAUACUUUGUUUUUUUUAUUCCAUAUGGCAGUGCACUGUUGAUAAUAUCAUA